AUGGCUGCUUCGGCGGCAACGGCGAGUUGUUCCCCGGGUUUGAGUCCGAACUACGCCGCAGUCUGCUCGUUCCUGGCCCGGUACGGAGCGCUGCUGGACCUGCCGGAGCUCACCUUCCCGCAGCUGGAGCGAUGUCUGCGGGACACCGCCGCAGUCCCGAAGCUGCUGGUCGAUCUUCACGUGAAGCUGCUGAGGAAGAUCGGCAAGUCGGUGUCAGCAGACCGAUGGGAGAAAUAUCUAGUCAAGGUGUGUCAAGACUUCAACGCAACAUGGGCGUGGGAACUGGAAGAGAAGGGAUACAAGGAGAUGACGUUAGAGAGCAAGACGGCAAUACUUAAAUAUUUGUGUGAGUGUCAGUUUGAUGAAAAUGUCAAGUUCAAAACCGCAAUCAACGAGGAGGACCCGGAUAAGAUGCGUCUGCAGCCGAUCGGCCGAGACAAAGACGGUCAGAUGUACUGGUUUCAGCUGGACCAGGAGGACAACGUGCGCGUGUACAUCGAGGAGCAGGACGACUCGGACGGGUCCUCGUGGAAAUGCAUCGUUAGAGAACGAAACGACUUGGCCGAGGUUGUGGCGCUGCUGAAGACGCAGAUCGACCCCGAGCUGUUGAGAAGGGACGAGUUGAAAAAGGAAAACAAUCCCGAUGGCGAAGGGGACAAAAAAGGUGAAGUUAAAAAGUCUGACAGCUCAUCAGAUGAAGACCACAAAGACCCCAACAAAGCUGCUUGUCCGGUUUCACCAAAGACAGAGGACAAUGAGAAAGAGACGCAGAAAGAAAACUUGAAAUCAGAAGCUUCUGAGGUCAAAUCUCUCAAUGGCAUCAUCGAAAGCAAAAGUGAAGCAGAACUUCUUUCAGAAAACAUCAGUACAAAAGCCCAGAGCAUCAAAGAAGAGCCGAUGGAGGUGACGGACAUGAAAACAGCGACAUGUGAACCGGCCUCUGUAACGUCAUGUUUGUCAGUGAAGGCAGAAAAGGGCGAAGAGGUGAAGAGGAUCAGCGCAGAGGAGAUUCAACAGGCUCUGAAUAACGACCAGCAGGCCAAAAUCCCCCUGAAGAAGAGAGGAAUGAAGUUUACUGAAGACUUUGAGAAAACCACCGCCAACACGGUGCAAACGCCGUCUGUGUCACAGGUUAGAGAGGCUCCCAAAGGAGACGCCGGUCCUGAACAUACAAAGAAAACACAGAGUGUAAACAAACAUGUUAACGGUGAAAUUAAACCUGAGUUGGAGAAGGAUCUCCAGAGUCUGAGCAAGACGUUAAAAGACGUCUCUGCCGCCGACAAAAAACAGACGACUGACCAUUCUGUGGUUAAACCUGUAGAACCAAGAAAACAUGACUCGACGUCCACAGAGAAAAAGACGAAGGAUAAAAAAGAUGAAGCCGGCAGUGCAAAGGUUACUGAGGAGGUCGCAUCGCACCAGGAGAACUCGGAUAAGAAAAAUCUAGCAAAGGAAAACGACCCAGCAACGGAAAAGAAAGAAGCACACAAGUCUCCUCCUCCACCAAAAGGAGAAUCACCACCUCUACCUAGAGAUGUAAGAAAAGCACCGGAGGAGUCGUCUAAUCACAAAGAGUGUGUGAAGACGAAAGAGAGCCCGGCCGGUACAAAAGAGUCUUCUGCUGCAUCAUUAAAGCAAACUGAUAAAACAUUAACAACCGAUGAGUCAGAGAAACUAAAUUUAAAUCAUGAAGCCACGUCCAAAGACCCAGAAUCAAAAGAUUUGCAGAAGAAACCAGCAUCAGAGUCCACUCAGACUGAGAAAACAGAAGAAACAUCAAACAGAACAGAAAACAUGAAGCGAACUGUGAGCGAUAAAGAUGCUGAAGAAUCCAAAACAUCUGUGACUAACACAGAGAAAUCAGACAAAUUGGCAACAAAAGCGACGCCAGGAGUCAUUAAGACAACAGCCGCCGGCAAAGUUCCUCCAAAGGAACGCGAUGAUUCUGGAAACACAAAGUCGCAAUCCCUCAUUAAAAAGACAGAAAAGGUAAAAGAGGGUGACGAGGCAGAGGAUCGAGAAGUCACUCAAACUUCUACUGUCAUUAAAAAGGUGGAUAAGGAAACAGUUAGUGAGAAAUCAGAGGAAACACCCGACGUCAAGGAGAGCGCGGAUUCUUCUGUUUUCAAAACGGUUGAUAAAUCAGAAUCAUGUAAAACGGCCGAGAAGCAGCCGAGUGCAACGGUCGCUGAGACAACGCCAGAGGAAAACCGUCCAGCCUCUAAAAAGCUCGACAAGACAGAGAAGCCGGAGGACACAAAGAAAACUGUCGACUGUGAAGACAAUAUGAUCCACGAUGUCACCAAGAUAAGCAAAUCCAAAAUGGAGAAAUCUGAAAGCAAAGAAGCUGAAGCCGAAUCCUCGACUGGAACUGAAAAGCCGGCUCAUCCGAGCAAAGAACCGCCAACCGAUAAACCCGAAGCUGAGGAACGUAAGAGCAAAAGCGAAGAGGAGGAUUCAAACACUAAAAAAGAGGCGAACGGCAGCGGCGUUCUGGAGGCAGCGAUUCGCCGAAAACGCAAGCGUCCGGGCCACCGAAGGAGAGUUGUGGUUAAGAGAGUGGAGCGGCAAGAGGACUCGGAGUCCGACACCAACACGGGGAGAUCGCUCCGAAGGUCGCCGAGGAUCUCCAGGCCGACGGCGAAGGUGGUGGAGAUCCACGACAGGAAGUUGGAGAAAUCGCAGGCGACUCCGCCAACAGAGAAGGAAGAGGACGACAAGGAGGAGAAAGAGAAAGACGAGGAAGAGGAGGAAGAGGAAGAUGCGGGGAAGGUCGUCCAGAAGAAACCGAGAGAGAAAAAGGUGGAUCAGGAGGGUCAGUCCAAACCAAAGGGGCGAAGGAGACGGAAGGUUCGCUGGUCGAACACUCGGACGCGCCGCAAAAAGAAAAGCUCCGAAGACGAGGAGGAGCACAGCGGAGAGGAAUCCAGCGAGGAGGAGACUGAGGAUGAGGACGACAGCGACGAAGACUACAAGGUGGAGCGGGGGAAGAGGAGGCGGAACCGGAUCCGAGAGAGGCGGAGCUCGGACUCCGAAACGUCCUCUGACGACGACCUACCUCCGAACGACGACCCCUGCAAACACUGUGGUCUCCCAAAUCACCCCGAGCUGAUCCUGUUGUGCGACUCGUGCGACAACGGCUACCACACAGCGUGUCUGAGGCCUCCGCUCAUGAUCAUCCCCGACGGAGAAUGGUUCUGUUCUCCCUGUCAACACAAGCUGCUCUGUGAAAAGCUAGAGGAGCAGCUUCUGAACCUCGACGCCUCUUUGAAGAAGAAGGAACGAGCGGAGAGACGGAAAGAGCGUCUUAUUUACGUUGGAAUCAGUCUUGAAAACAUCAUCACACCCUCCGCGGAGGUGGAGGAGGAGAAACCGGAGAUCGUAAUCAAAGAGAAGAAAGAAGUGAAGAGGAGUAAGAGCUGGGGUCGGAGGUCAACGAGGACAAAGAAAAACAUCAGCUACAGAUUUGAUGAAUUCGACGAGGCGAUCGAGGAGGCAAUCGAGGAAGACCUCAAAGAAGCCGAGGGUGGAGGAACUGGUCGAGGUAAAGACAUGGCCAACAUCACAGGAGGCCACAGAGGAAAGGACAUGUCCGUCAUCCUGCAAGCGGAUGAGGAGAGCAAGGAGAACGGCCGCCCGCCACAAAUCAGCUCGGCUCAGCGCAAGAGGAAGCGCCGGCGACUCAACGACCUGGACAGCGACAGCACCGUGGACGAGGAGGAAAGCGAGGACGAGUUUCGCAUCAGUGAAAGCUCAGAAGAAGAGUUUGUCGCGUCGGAGAACGGGUCGGAGGCAGAAGUCGACUCCAACAACAGCGACUUUGGCAGCAACGGCAGCGGCAGGCGUCACACUUCCUCACGGAAGAGGAAGCCACCGAAACGACGACGGAGCUCCCGAAAGCGGCGGAGACCGAGAGGCUACUCAGACGAUGAAGAGGAGGAGACGGAUGAGGACGAGGACGAUGAAAUGGCGACUGAAGGCUCCAGCGAGUUCAGCGACAGUGAUCUUGAUAUGAGUCGACGUCGGUCCCGGCGGAGUCAGAAGAAGCAGGUGAACUACUGCGAGACGUCGGAGUCUGACGGAUCUCGGGCCGCACCCAAACGGACGACAGUAAAACCCAGACAUCCCCGGGACAGUUCAGAGAGUGAAGCGGUUUCCUCCAGAGACUCUGAAGAGGAGCCGAGGGCGAAGAGGGUGAAGAGGAGAGCCGACUCCUCGGAGGACGAUGCACGGCAGCGUCACCGACGUGUCGCACUGAAACGCAGGAGAGCAUCCGAAGACGACUCAUCGGACGACUCAUCAGACGACUCAUCGGAGGAGGAUCGUCCCGUCCGCAAACGGGUGAACCGCAUCGAUUCGGACGAUGACGACGAGGAGGAGGAGGAGAAACCAAAGGAGAAGAAACCUGAGGAGGAAUCAAAGGGAACAAAUCCAUCGGACUGCAACGCGGUGGAGACGGCGUCCACCAACGGACAGAGCACGGUAAAGAACGUCGAGGGCGUCAUUACUCGACCCGCUGCUCCAGGCGCCCCCCCCCAAACGGAGCCGCCCAAAACCACCAGCGCGGCGCCGGCCAUCGCACCAAACGGCGUGGCCGGCCAGGAGAUGGCAGCGCAGGAGGAUGACGAAGACGACCUGUUGUUAGGAGUCACAGACCUAGUGGACUACGUCUGCAACGAACAAUUGUAAAAGAAAAAAUGGUGUACUGUUUCAUUCUUUUGUGGUAUUGUAUUUUUAUAUUGCUUAACUUUAUUAUUCCCUCCCCACCAACACGUCCUCGUCCUUUUUACUCGUGUCACGUGGAGCUCGACUCUCAGAAACCUCCGCCGCAGUAAGAACUGGAUCUUUGUCGCCAGUCUGUCCCUGUGGGAUUGUUCAAUAACCAGUAAGGGCACCGACUCGAGUCUCAUUCACGUGGUAACAAUCACCGUACCUGCAGACCACCCACAGCAUCCAGCUCCACUGCCAAACUACUUCCUCUGAAACUGUGUCACUCGGCAUUUCUCCCGUCACAUCGUCAUGUUUUCUGUUUUUUUAACGACGAGUUCAGCUCUGUGACCCAACGACGCGCCGGGAGAACUGGCACCGAAACUGUUUGUGUUGAAGAUUUGUUGUUUUUCUUGAAAUGACUGGGACAUUUUCUUGGAGUGAAGCAGAGAAUCAUUCCGUGAAUUAUAUGAAGUUCUUGCCAUCAAACAUGAAUUAUGGUUUUUAAAAAUGUUACCUCUUUCAAGGCUCAACUUUUUAAACAAUGUGCUUAUCGGCUCUCCGGCACCGUUGAGACGAGAAGAUCGAUACCACGCUCAUGUCCGUCAGUUUAAUAUGAGGCUAGCGGCUGUUAGCUUAGCACAAAGACUCUUCUAAUGCGGUACAAAGAAGGUACUUUCCCACUGGUCGGACCAGAGAGAACCAUGCUAUGCUAACAGUAGCUUGUUGAUGGUUACUUAAGUUGGGGAAAAAAAUACAGUUUGUUUUGAAAGAUGCAAACCAGACGUGAAUGAGAUUAAACGUUAAAGUUUCACAUUGAAAGCAACAGCGCCCUCUGCAGGUGCAUGUGAUGACUGAUUCUGUUAAGUCAAGAUCUGACUGCGUAUCUAAAUAAGGUGAAAUACGACUGAUCGGUGGAUAUUACCCACAAUCCCCUGCUUCAAGAGCCUGUUCCGUGAAUACAGGUGAUAAUCUGACCGAGUGUGUGUCUGUUCCCCCGUCAGCUGCUAUUUGUGGUCGACUGAGCAAACACCAGUUUGACUUUCAUGCGUAGUGUGUGUCCUCAAAUCAUUUGACUGUGUUAACAAAGGCUUUGGACGGGGGGGUCGUUUGAUAUUCUGAGUGUGAGGCAGAACGGGAAGAAGAUUUCAGUCUCUCCAGCCUCCAUCUAAAAUAGAUGUUGCUUAUUGAAAGGGAAUCAUUACCAAGUGAAACCAGAAACUAAACUAAAGAGCAAACAGCCUCAACUUGUCUCGUAACUUUUAAUAUUCUCUUCUUAGGCUUUUAAUUAUGAAUUUAACUAGAAACAAUCAAAGUAAAUGAAGUAAUUUCCCAUCAUGUGUCUCUGAACUUAAACUAUUCAGCCUCCGGUUGAUUUUUAUUUCUUAAGCUGCUUGAACUGUUCAGAUGUUAAGACUGA